AUGGGCUUGACUGAUGCUAUAGCAGAUACAGGGGUGGUACAGAAUGUUGGGAAUGGUAUUGCAUAUGGUUAUGAGAUGAUAGGAAAUAAUGAAGAGCCUGCUAGUGAUUUUUUCUAUAAUAGGCCUGAGCAGGAACAUGAGCCUGAGAAUGGGCAUGAGUCUAUGCAUGAGCCUGAGUCACCAAUUGUUCAGACGCCCCCAUUAUUCGGGUUUGGGAGACAAAGUAUUCAUCGGGCGAUCUUAAAGAUAUUUUGGCAGUCUAUAAAUGAACCUUGGAUUAGUUAUAGAAAAUUUCCAAAGGAAGUUGUCACUCAAAUGUUUAAGCUUUUCAAGACUCAAUACCAGUGGAAUCCAAAUGAAGAAGGGAGAAUUCGUGAAGUUUUUGAGAAUAUGCUGAAAUAUCGCUAUAUGGGUAGAAUGAAGGAUGUCAGGGAAGCAUCGAUAAAUUCUGCAAGAAAAGUUGGAGACGUUAUCGCAGAGAUUAAUGAUAAUUUUGAGAUUCUUGCAAGUUACAAUCCUGUUAAAAUACAUAGAGAUGUUUGGCGACGUUUGUGA